AUGGCCUCCACAGACGCUCACGACUCGCACGAGAUGGACGACCAGGAGCAGGUCGAGCAGAAGAUCAUUAACGAGGAGUACAAGAUAUGGAAGAAGAACUCGGUGUUUCUCUACGACAUGCUGUACGGCCGCGCGCUCGAGUGGCCCACCCUCACCACGCAAUGGCUGCCAGACAAGAAGCCAGUCGAAGGCACCAACAUGAGCCAGCACCGCGUCAUCCUUGGCACCCACACCUCGAACCAAGCCCAGAACUACCUCCAGAUCGCCCACUGCGAAAUACCCGACUUUCGCGAACCCGACCUGUCAGAGCUCAACGAGGAGCGGGGUGAGAUUGGCGGCCAUGGCAAUGCUAAGCGCCCCUUUGACUUCAAGAUUGUGCAGAAGAUCAACCACCCUGGCGAGGUCAACAAGGCACGAUACCAGCCUCAAAAUCCAGACAUAAUAGCCUCGUUGUGCGUGGAUGGCAAAGUCCUGGUCUUUGACCGGACUAAGCACCCACUGCAGCCAAAGGAUGACUCGAUCAAGUUCGAAGCCGAGCUUGUCGGACACAGCAAGGAGGGCUUUGGGUUGAGCUGGAGUCCUCUUAAAGAAGGGCACUUGGUUACUGGUAACGAGGACACCACAGUUAAGACCUGGGACAUCAAAUCCGGUUUCUCCAAGAGCAACAAGACCAUUAGCCCCACUGCGACAUAUAAUGUGCACAGCGCGACUGUAAACGACGUCCAAUACCACCCCAUUCACAGCUUCCUCAUCGGCACCGCGUCUGAUGACCUUACCUGGCAAAUCAUCGACACCCGCAUGCAGACGCACAAGAAGGCGCUGUACAGGAAAGAGGCUCACGAGGAUGCUGUAAACUGCAUCUCAUUCCACCCAGAAUUUGAAGGCACCUUUGCAACAGGCUCCGCAGACAAGACAGUGGGAAUUUGGGAUCUGAGGAAUUUCGAGAAGAAGCUGCACAGCCUGCAGAGCCAUCGUGCAGACGUCAUUGGUCUGCAAUGGCACCCGCAAGAUGCUGCUAUCCUGGCCAGCUCCAGCUACGAUCGUCGCAUUUGCUUGUGGGAUCUCAGCAAGAUUGGCUCUGAGCAGACAGAAGAGGAGGCAGAAGACGGCCCACCCGAGCUGCUCUUCAUGCACGGUGGCUUCACCAACCGUAUCUGCGACUUUGACUGGAACAAGAACGACCCCUGGCUCAUGAUGGGCGCGGCCGAGGACAAUCAACUUCAAAUCUUCCGUCCCUCGCGCAAGCUCGUCGAGCUGCUCAAGAAGAGUGUAAACCAUGGCGAGGUCUCUGACUGA